AUGGCACUUUCUGAUCGUAUGCGGGGGACCGUUGAGUCGGUCAUGCCGAAAAUCAUUAUUCAAGUCACACAACGAAGCUCCAUCAACCCGCCUAUUGACUUUGGCACUGCCGAGAACUGGCUUAUCAGAAAGGAGUUGGUGGAUUUCUUCAAGCAAAGCAUCGCCGAGGAGCUUGUGGAGCAGGAUCUAUCAUACCAGAAGGGCUUCGCUGGCGACCCACGAGUGAUAGAAAGCCUAGUAGAGACUUUUAACAGAUUCUUCUCACCCUACAUACCUGUGGAACCCUCACAUAUUGCCGUUGGGCCUGGAGGCGCAGCUAUUCUCGAAUCGCUCUUACUCAAUAUCUGCGAUCCUGGAGAUGGUAUGCUAGUCUUGGCGCCGUUCUGGAGUGGGUUCCACUUUCAGUUUGACGUUGGCCCCAAAGUCAAGAUCAUUCCUGUCACCUCUGCCAAUGAAGAUGUGCUGAAUGAAAAUGUCGUUCACGACCUGGAGGCAGCUCUAGCACAAGCUGAUCAAAAGCCCAAGGGCGUUAUUCUCUGCAAUCCGCACAACCCACUUGGCCAAUGCUAUACGAAAACUGCAUUAGAGGCCACAUGCAAAUUCUGUGAGAAGCACAAUUUGCACCUCAUCUCAGACGAGAUUUAUGCCCUGUCAAUCUAUGAAUCAGUAGACGUGCCAAACCCUGUACCCUUUACAUCACUCCUGAGCUUAGAUCUUGCAGCAAUGGGUGUCAAUCUUGCGCGGGCGCAUGUGAUUUGGAGUGUGAGCAAGGACUUUGGAUGCAGUGGUUUUCGGCUGGGCACGCUCGUAACCCAAGGCAGCCCUGCAAUGACCUGUGGUGUAGCCAUGGCCGCAAACACCCAGGUCUCUGGCCUUACAGCCGUGGCAGUCUCGUCGUUGCUAUCUGAUCUAUCUACAACGGACAAAUUCAUCCAGAUGAAUAGAGAGAGGUUAGCCUGCGCUUACGGAAAAAUGUCGGCGUUUUUACGAGCCCGCCAAAUAAAAUAUAUACCUGCUUACGCGGGUAUCUAUAUCUGGGUGAAGCUGUCAGACAAAGUCCUUUCGUGGGAUCAAGAAUCUCAGUUAACGAAAAUACUUGCUGAACACAAUGUUGCCGUGAGUUCAGGGAAGAGUUAUGCAUCACAGGAGCCUGGCUGGUAUAGGCUUUCAUUCGCACUUGAGGCAGGGAAAUUGGAAGAGGGAUUGAAAAGGUUGGGAGAAGGCAUUGAUGCUUACGAGAAAGUCUGGUAG